AUGCAUGCGAGUGACACUUUCUGGCUGCCUCUAGUUAGAAUUAUCAGAAAUAAAUUUACAACGCAAGCUUUCCUUGCAGGCGAACCUAGGGGUGGCCAGAAGGCUGUCCGUGAUGAUAGUGAGAUCUUCAACGAUGCGCUCAUAACAUCAGCAAAACCCUCACUAACGGCUAAGGAUAAAAGGAAAAUUAUGAGAAACAACGUUCUUCAAGUCUUGUUAAAGUCUACCGUGAUGCCGUUCAGAUGGCUGAAGAGUUCCUAUAGAUGCUUCUAUUGCUACGACAUAUUCCAAGAAUCCUCUGACUUGAAGAAUCAUCAGCACAUGCAUAUAGGAAACGACGUCAAAGAACAAGCUAUGAACAAUUACUGGGAACCGGUCGUAUAUGUAGAUAUAUCGAAUUUAGCUUGCAAGCUAUGCCCGGAAAAUGUAACAGACUUAUAUGAUUUGAUCGAUCAUUUAGUCGCAAAACAUGAAGUUAAUUACAAUAAGGACGUGGGAGUUUGUAUGGUAGCAUUUAAGUUGGACAAUUUCGCGGUGAAUUGCCUAGCUUGUGGGGCUAGCUUUUAUACUUUUGGACCUCUAUUGCAUCACACAAAUAAAGAUCAUAAGGGUAUAUCGGCUAUUCUGUGUGACGUGUGUGGACAGAGGUUCAAGGACGCGAACUUAUUACGGCUACAUGUCAAAACUGUUCACGAAAAUACUGGCUUAUUGUGUCCGGAGUGUGGCGAGAAGUUCGAGACGCGUUCAAAAUUGAAGACACACCAAAAAAAUCAACACGACAUGGACAAAAAGUACAAAUGUCUCGUCUGUUCGCAGACCUUCCAGAGUCAUUACAAACGUUCGAGGCAUAUGGCUACCGAACAUAAGAAUCGGCAGGAAAUAAAGUGCAUUCACUGUCCAAAAACCUUCGUAUUCCGUAGCAUGAUGAUGACUCAUCUAAGAGACACUCAUCUUAAAGUCAGGAACCAUAUAUGCGGUGUUUGUGGCUGGAAGGCUUUCAAUUCCCAUCGCCUAAAGAAUCACAUGUACAAACACAGCGGCGAGAAGAAUUUUAAAUGCGACGCCUGUGACAAAGCUUUCACCACUAAGAAGAUUAUGAGGGCACAUUUCGCUCGGAUGCAUAAGACGAUGGACCAACCGAUCAUGUUCGAACAGCAUCCAUAUGUAGGGCAUUGA